AAUGCUCAGCGAAUCUGUGAUGGAUUACUCGACUGUUAGUCUCUAUCAGUGUAUCAUAGAUUGAUUGGUAUGGCCUGUUGGGUAAUAUCCCAGCGUGUUCAUGUUUCAGUAGCUGCGUCCGCCUGUUGUGUAGUGUGUCUAUGAGUUAGGAGUUUUUCUUGACUUUGCUAACUUAACGCACGUUUCUUUUACAGUGUUGUUUCAGUAAUUAACCGAAAAUGGCAAGUGAUGGCACCGCGAAGCUCUCCAAAAACGUAUUACGGAUGAAGUUUAUGCAGCGUGGGCUGGAUGCAGAGACGAGAAAGCAGUUGGAAGAAGAAGAGAAGAGGAUAAUCAGUGAUGAACACUGGUACCUGGAUUUACCAGAGCUCAAGGAGAAAGAGAAUUUCAUUAUAGAAGAGAGGAGUUUCCUACCAUGUGAAGACUUGCUAUAUGGCAGGAUGUCAUUCAAGGGUUUUAAUCCUGAAGUUGAGAAACUCAUGACCCUGAUGAACUCCCAGAAUAGGACUGAGGAUGUUGAGGAAGAGGUGCAAAAUAAAACGGGAGUGGAUGUUUCAGACGAAGAGAUGGCAAGGAGAUAUGAGAGCUUGGUGGGGAGCAUCAAAAGGAAGUUUACUAAAAAGCGGAACCGCCCAGCAAUUCAAGGAGAGGACAACGUUAACAGCAACAUUAGGAGUCCCAAAAUCAAGAAGGUGUUCUUAAAACCACAAGACUAGAAAAGGGAAUUAAACAGGAUAUAUUUAUAAGGACAAUUGACUGGCAAGUGAGUGUCAAAGGAGGGAGAAAAUUAGUUUUUAUAUCUUGGUGUUUUUUGUGUUCCUGGUGACCCUGUGUUCAUGAUGAUUGAAUUGUUAGCUUUUAAACAUAUUUUUUUUAAAUUUUAAAAUGGGUGUUAUACAUCCUACUUUUUUAGCCACUAAGUAGAAUAAUAUCAGCUCAUCAAGAAUAGUAAAAUGUUGUCUUUACAAAACGUAUCCAAUAUAGGUUUUGAUUCUGCCAACAUUAAUUAUUGAGAACUUUAUUAAAGUUCUUUGUGCUCACGCUGUUCAGCAUUGGCUGCAAUUCCUUCACCUUAUCAAGAGAUCUAAACAGAUAUGAAGUUGCCUUGUACUUGCUGUUCAACUACAGAAAAAGCUCUGAAUUAGGGCAACAUAUUUGAACUUCACCUGCUUAUAGUUCGACAUGAUUUUGUUUAAAUAAGUAUACAUUGUUCUAAUCUUGCCUUAUGAAAUAUCCAGGCAGUGUCAUGUUUUCAUCCAACACAUUUAUUGAAUCUGUACAAGGUAUUGGUAUUGAUCAGUGGUAUCGAAACCAAUGUUCAUCCUGUGACUGAAUUGAAUUGUUGUAUGAAAAUAGUCCAGUGUUUGUAUACAUGAGGAAACAGAUCAACAUGACUAAAAAAACAAACAAAUACAUGACAUGUUGCACUUAGGAACAGUUCAGCAUGACUAGUACAUAUGUGUGUUUGUAUUUACCUGUAUAAAUGAGGUGCAUGACGUGUGUAUUUACCUGUAUAAAUGAGGGGCAUGACUUUGGUCUGUUGUAAAUACUUUGUCAUAAUGACUAAACAAAGUAAACCACAUAAUGUAUUUUAAGAUAACCCACUGCUUCUUGAAUGUUUUACUGCCUAUUUUUAACAAGGUGACCCGUCUGUGUUUUGAUUCUGAAGACACAAAAAGCAUGAUGUUAUUCCUAAGUAAAACGAAUGAGAAAGUCAAGUAGGCAAACGCCUUCAAUGCAGAUUAAAGCACUGGCAGAAACGUUUGCCUUAUCAUUUUUA